AUGGCUCUGGAACAGUCUGUAAAUGCGGACUCAAAGUCAAAAGGUGUAAUCGUUGGAAUCUCCCCAAACCAAGCAGCUUUGCAGAGGUGGUUUCUCACAAGUCACGAGCGAGCCUCUGUUACCACGGCACUGAAGGAUGCAUACUCUGCACAAAGUGAUCACACCCAUAGCCACAAGGAGUUGUCAUCAAAGAGGAUUGCAAGAGACGAAGCUGAUGUCAACAAGCUUGUUAACUGUUUCGCAUCUGGAUUAAUGAACAAUCCUUUCGAGCAUGAGUCUGACGCCCUCGUUAACUUCGCAACAGGGGUUGUUUUGCCGACCGAAGUUUCCAAGCAUCUGAUGGAGAGCGAGCGGAACGGCCAAGAGCAAAUGGCGGUAUUCGUAAAGGAGAGGAUCAACUCCAGUGAGGUCCGUUUCUGGGAUCCGAUUCCGGAACUCAAGGUCAAGACCUUUGACACCGUGACUAAGAGGGUACAAGUAAAAGCAACGAAUGAGAAGCUGGUAACAGUUAGGUCCGACAGGGAUUUAUUUGGCAGGCUGUUAAUCGCCGCGAAUGCCCGGCAAGUAGACCUGAAGGGCGUCUUUGCACAUGAACUUUCUUCAGUUCCAUAUGCCCUCGCUCAUCAAGAUAGAAGCCUGAGAAAGACCAACAAGAGCGCUCUGGCGGGAAUAAUUGAAGUCAAUGUUGACGUCCCUAGUAUGCUACCACCUACUACUAAGGAUAUUGUUCAUCUGAUCGAUACAAUGGCUCUGGUGCAAGCUGUAAAGUCUGGUGGGAGCAACACAUUCGGAGAGUUAGCGGUGAAAUACUUCUCCGUCAUUACAAGCCCGAUGAAUGCUGCGUGCUGUAAUGAAGUUCACCUAGUGUUUGAUCAAUACUGGGAGAUGUCAAUCAAAGUGGAAGAACGAUCAAGAAGAGCUGCAACUUCAACUUCACUAGAGGUCCAGAUCAGUGGGCCUGCUACACCUAUUCCUAAACAAUGGGGCAAGUUCAUCACAAGCAGCAAGAACAAAGUCAAUCUCUGUGAAUUUCUGACGAAGUCCUUAACAGAGCUCGGGAUGGAACAGCUUGAGAGCGAUCAACGACUUGUCCUCAGUGGAGGCGAAAGAGAUGGCUUCCGUGCUUUAGAGGUUACAUUCGGGCACAGUGAAGAAGUCGAAGCACUGAGAUCAGACCAAGAAGAGGCAGACACGCGGCUCUUUCUCCACGUCAAGCAUGCUUCGAUCAACCAUCCCAGAUGUAGAAUCGUUGUUCACUCCCCUGACACAGAUGUUCUUGUGCUUGGAGUUUGUCACUAUACUAGAAUUGGCUGCCACGAACUCUGGCUCAAAACGGGAAUCAAAGAUCGCCUUCGGUUCAUCCCACUACACGCUAUGGCUCAACAUUUGGGGGAGAGAAUGUGCGAUGCUCUGCCAGGAUUUCAUGCCAUUUCUGGUUGCGAUUCCACGAGCUCUCUUAGUGGAAUUGGCAAGAAAAAAGCAUGGGACAUCCUUCAAAGUAACAAUGAUCACCAGGAUAGUCUAAGUCUGCUCGGAGCUGCAGAAAACGUCGGUGCUGCAACUAGGUCCAAGUUUGAAGAGUAUGUAUGCAAUCUUUACCACAAGAGAAAGUCAACAUCAGCUGAUGAGCUACGCUACUUCCUCUUUUGCCAGAAGAAACAAAAGAGCGAAAGGCUUCCUCCAACAUCCAACAGUCUGCAACAUCACCUGGAACGGGCCAACUACCAAGCUCUUGUAUGGCGUCGCUCCUUGGAGGCAAUGCAGGACCUCCCGAGGCCAGAAGAUAGCGGGUGGGAGAGGUCAGGGAUUGAGCUGAAGCCAGUUCUGAUGUCCAAGGACCCUGCCCCAAGCAGUUUGUUAGAGCUCUCGACGUGUGGCUGCAAAUCUGGCUGUCAGAGGAACUGUUCCUGCAAUAACAACGGACUCUCUUGCUCCGAAGCGUGCAGCUGCAUGGCUGGAACAGACUGCAGGAAUCAGUAUUCUUUGCGACUAGCAUGCAAUGACCUCUCCGAUUCUGACGACUCGGAUUCAGAUUCUGACUGAGUAAUACACGAGCGGGCUUCCUGGGGUGCCGGCUAGGGAUAAAUAAAGGCAGAUGGAUCUCCAGCGACACGGACAUCAGCUCAAAGCUCAAAGCAGCCAUUAGAUGAGUGGAAAACAGUCGCCUUGAGUAGACUGAAUCCGUUUUACCGGCAACGGCGGGAUUUUCGUAAGAAAAAGCAACAUUUUUUUACAUCUGUUUGAUCACGUGACUUUUCUUUAUCUGGGGCGUACUUUAGCCAUUUCCUUAGAAUGUUGAUAUGUAUAAAAACUGUAAAGUUAUAGCUUUUCUAUGCACGGAAAAUGUAAAAAAAACGCGCCCUCUUAAUGUGAGCCUCGUUUCCAUGCAGGACUACGAGUGCCGUAAUAAAACACGCCCAUAUCUUUUGAUUGACACCACAA